UUGGUUUAAUCUCGCUACCAACAAACUGACAAGCCAUGGUGUUAUGCACCAGCGUAACUUAUAACUGAUAAGGAAUGCAUUAUAUUUGCAUAUGAGUCUGCCUGUAUGUAAUUGUGUUACCUUUAUAGGUGCAACAAUGAGUGUGGUGUUGGAUUUGGACUAUACCGUUUGCAUUUGGAUCUCUGCCGCAGUAGCCAUCAUUUACACACUGCUGGGAGGCCUCUACUCUGUAGCCUACACAGACAUCAUACAGCUUACCCUCAUAUUCCUCAGUUUAUGGCUAUGUGUCCCAUUUAUCCUGAUGAGUCCUCAUUCAACUGACAUCACCAAGACUGCUUUAAACUUCACCUACCAGGCCCCCUGGAUUGGUUCAGUGGAUAAAGACAGAGCGUGGAGGUGGAUUGAUAAUUUCUUAUUAUUGACUUUUGUUAGCCUUGGGUAUCAGAUCUUCCACCAGAGGACCCUGUCAGCCGCCUCCUCAACCACAGCCAGGGUAGCUUGCUUCGCUGCGGCACUCCUAGUCAUUAUUCUGGGAAUCCCAUCCUGUCUUAUUGGAGCAGUCGCAGCAUCAACAGACUGGAACUCUACCUUGUGCGGCUCCCCGUCCCCAUACGAGCGAGGAGAGGCCGGUCAGAUUCUGCCCAUUGCUCUGCAGCACCUCACCCCAAACUACAUCUCCAUCAUCGGCAUCGGAGCUAUAGCAGCUGCCGUGAUGUCAUCAACGGACUCCGCUCUGUUAUCAGCCGCCUCCAUCUUCUCAUCCAACAUCUAUAAGAACAUCCUGAGGACCAAGGCAUCGGGUAGGGAGCUCCAGUGGGUGAUCCGGGCCACUGUGGUGUUGGUGGGCUUGGCUGGCACUGCGCUCACCUUCCUAAACAACAGCAUCAUGGUUUUCUGGAUCCUGGGCUCUAGCAUAACCUACAUUUUCAUGUUUCCUCAACUCACCUGCGUCCUCUUCUUCAAUAUCUCCAACGGAUACGGCUCCAUUAUUGGUUUGCUAGUUGGACUUUUUUUAAGAGUGCUGAGUGGCGAGCCGUCAUUUGGGUUACCCAUUGUUCUCCACUUUCCAGGUUCCACUCUUGAAAACGGCAUAUAUGUCCAGCGCUCUCCUGUACAGACGAUCUGCAUGUUGUCCAAUAUGUUUGCCACUUUGUUGUUCUCCUAUCUAUUUUCACUGCUCUUCGAUAAAGGACUGAUUCCUGAAAGGUGGGACGUAUUUAAAGUGAAAACCCACAAACCACAGAAGAAACUAAUGCUAUCGAUGAAUCAUACCACUAAGACAGACAAGGAGGAGAAAUCUCAGGAUGACACUGAAUUAAUGUUGACCACAAAUCUGCAUGAUUGAAAAAUAAACAAUUUCAUGCAAUUCUAUAAUGUUUUAUGAUGGUAUAGCUAUUUUUUUUUCCUCUUUUACAUCAAAGACUUAAUCUUUGUAAAAUGAUCAUCUUUGCCACAGAAUGGAGUAAUAAUGAAUCUCUUGUAAAUCUCUUGAGUUUGUUGAAGUAGCCUACAAGUAUUUGCGCCGCGGUAUACCAUUCUUUUUUAUGCCAUAGCCUAUAUUCGGCUCUUUGACCAAAGAUUUAAAA